AAUUGGAUUCGCGGUAUGUGGGGUGGGCGUAAGAGAACCCGCGGCUCACAGUGACGUAAUCUCUCUCUCUCUACAAGCAAAGACAAAAUCGUUGCUGAAUGAGCUGACACUUGCCCAAUAAUUUCCAAUUCUUCCGCUUUGAUUCAUUUCGUCUUCAAAUUUCUCAGAAACGCAUUGCUCAAUCGCUACAGGUUCUACCUUCAUCCCAGUUUCCAUGUGUUUUUCUUUCUAAGCCAUGCAGUUAGGCACAUACGUUCGACUGGAAAGUGUUGGCGUCUCCAGCUGAUUGUUUAUUCUUACGUUUUUCUUUUGAAAUGGGUGUUGGAAAGUGUUUUGUUGCGAAUGAUUGAGAGGUUGUUAUUUGUCUACUAAUUUGGGACUCAGGAUUUUGAGCUACCAGGGUUAUCUGAUUCUCAUAUUGGGUCUAAUUGUUUUUGCUUCUAAUUGAUGAUUUGGUAUUUUUGUUGGUUCGGUGAAACAUAAAUAGCUUGGUUCAUGUUGAAAUUGGUAGAUGAUCGAUUCUAUUCUAUGCCUGGGGUAUUGCUGAUAGUUUGAAUUGUCAGGGGACUGAGACCUGCUUCUUGGUCCCCCACAGAUGAAUUGUUUUUGGUUUGAGCGAGACUAGGAGGAUAAUGAACGUGAAACUUGAUUCUUCUUUCUUUGGGACUCCACUUCAUAGCUCAUUGCAUUGUAUAAAGAAUGGGAAGUUUGUUUAUUUGCGUCGAGGCCGAUUGUUGAAACGGGACUCUAAGAAGUACGUAUGUGCAAAGCAUAACGAUUGGAAUGCUCGAGUAGAUAGAUUUUCGCGUUUUUGUGUGCAGCAUUUGAAGUCUUUGAGUAUAAAGCUUAGGCCAAGACAUGAAUCUUUGAUGAAAUGUGCCAAUGAACCUUUUGUUCAAACAAAAUCUCUAUCAAGUUUAUUGCGUCCUGCGUGGAACGAGGGGUUGUUUUUAAUUAGAUGUUCUGCAUUUGUUGCUGUUGUAUCUGGUAUAUGCUUACUGGUAUGGUAUGGACAGACAAAAGCCAAGGGCUUUGUUGAAGCUAAGCUUCUUCCUUCUGUUUGCAAAGCAGUCAGUGACUGUAUUCAGCGUGAUCUUGAUUUUGGAAAGGUUAGAAGUAUUACACCCUUGAGCAUCACACUAGAGUCAUGUUCAAUUGGUCCAGAUGGGGAAGAAUUUUCUUGCGGUGAGGUUCCCACCAUGAAACUUCGUGUUUUACCUUUCACCAGUUUGAGGAGAGGGAGGGUAAUAAUUGAUGUGGUAUUGUCUCAUCCAAGUGUGGUAGUUGUGCAGAAGAGGGAUUAUACGUGGUUGGGGCUACCCUUUCCAUCUGAAGGGACCUCGCAGAGGCAUUCUUCUUCAGAAGAAGGGAUUGACAAUCGUACAAAAAUCAGGAGAAUUGCCAGGGAAGAUGCAGCUGCUCUCUGGGCCAAAGAUAGGGAUGAUGCGGCUAGGGAAGCAGCUGAGAUGGGUUUUGUUGUUUUUGACAGGAGUUCAGGUUUGUAUGAUAGUAGCGAUUUGAAGGAGGAUGUAGGUCCUACAAUAGAUAUUGAAAACUAUAAAACAUGUUUUUUCACGGAUAAUGAUGUUCAUUUGAGGGAACAUCACUGCAUGGAUACAGAUGUAGACUAUAAAAUAAAGCAUGCGGAUUCAGAGAAGUAUUUUGAUGUAAAAAGCCCCAAUACAAGGCUUAAAUUCUUGUCCAGAGUAAUGAAAUCGCCUAUAAAAGGCCAAUCAAAGAGGAAGGCAAGCGGAGAUGAUAUAUACGUAAAUAAUUUUACUGCAAAAAAGAGAACUCUUAGACGCAGUACAUUGGCAGCUCAGGAUUAUUUCAAGGGUGCAUCUGAGGGGAAGUUUGUUGAGCCUUCACAAUUACACAGGAGUUUCAAUAAUGUGAACCUUGACGCCUACUUGAUCAAAAGUGUGGAUGAAACUAAUGCUGCCUCCUCCAUCGCGAAUACAGAUGUCCAGUAUGAGAAACAAAGUUUAGAUGCAAAAUUGCAUUCUCUUAAAGAAGGGGAUAUUGAUAUUCGGAACCAUAUAGAUGAUCAGAUUUCUACAGUUACAGGCUUGGGAAAUAAAGACAAAAGAUCCUUUUCAGUUACUCCCAGCAUUGAUGAGUCCAACGUGAAAAAGGACGAUGUUGUAGGAUCUGAUCAUAUUCUUGAUGGAAUUUCUGAUCAAAUGUGUAACACAUCUCAAACACCAACUUCAACAGUUCAUGAACAUCAGCAUGGAUCAUCUGGGCCUACUUCUUUCUGGGCACUAAGCCCAGAAUCAGCUUUAUCUUAUUUUCCUAAAGAUGUGCGGAAGAAGCUGAUGUACCAUCUUAGCAUGUACGUUCAAAACCUGAAAUUUGGCUUGGUUCAACACGCUAGAGGUAUUGUAGAUGGUGGAGAUGUAAUGAAGAAUAAAGGUACUGAGACAAUGCUUCCAGUAACAAUUGAUUCUGUUCAUUUCAAAGGCGGAACACUUAUGUUACUUGCAUAUGGUGACAGAGAACCAAGAGAGAUGGAGAAUGUUAAUGGACAUGUGAAAUUUCAAAAUCAUUAUGGCAAUGUGCACGUUCAUUUGAGUGGUAAUUGUAAGACAUGGAGAUCAGAUUUUGUCUCUGGAGACGGUGGCUGGUUAUCUGCAGAUGUUUUUGUUGACAUCUUUGAGCAGCAAUGGCAUUCAAAUCUGAAGAUUACCAACCUAUUUGUUCCGCUUUUUGAGAGAAUUUUAGAUAUUCCAAUCACGUGGUCCAAAGGAAGAGCCACUGGUGAGGUUCACUUGUGCAUGUCAAGAGGAGAUACGUUUCCUAACUUUCAAGGGCAACUUGAUGUGACCGGUUUGGCCUUUAAGAUCUUUGAUGCUCCAUCAAGCUUUACUGAAAUAGCGGCAACUUUAUGUUUCCGUGGUCAGAGAAUAUUUGUACAGAAUGCAAGUGGUUGGUUUGGCAGCGCUCCAUUAGAGGCAUCUGGUGACUUUGGCAUUCAUCCGGAAGAAGGAGAGUUCCAUUUGAUGUGUCAGGUUCCCGGUGUUGAAGUAAAUGCCCUGAUGAAAACUUUCAAGAUGCGACCUUUCUUAUUCCCAUUAGCUGGUUCGGUAACUGCUGUGUUCAACUGUCAAGGUCCAUUGGAUUCGCCCAUCUUUGUAGGAAGUGGAAUGGUUUCCAGGAAGAUGAAUCAUUCAUUCUUGGAUCUUCCUGCAUCCUGUGCAUCUGAAGCAAUUGUGAAGAGUAAAGAAGGUGGUGCAAUAGCAGCAGUUGACCGUAUUCCAUUUUCCUACGUCUCAGCAAAUUUCACUUUCAAUAUUGACAACUGUGUUGCUGACUUAUAUGGUAUCAGAGCCAACCUUGUGGAUGGUGGUGAAAUUCGAGGGGCAGGGAAUGCAUGGAUAUGCCCAGAGGGUGAGCUGGACGAUACAGCAAUGGAUCUAAAUUUUUCAGGAAAUAUAUCAUUUGAUAAAAUAAUGCAUCGAUAUAUGCCUGGCUAUUUAGACUUGAUGCCACUCAAAUUGGGGCUUUUAAAUGGAGAAACCAAAGUUUCCGGAUCCCUCUUGAAACCGAGGUUUAACAUUAACUGGACUGCGCCACUUGCUGAAGGAUCAUUUAGGGAUGCUCGAGGAGAUAUCAAUAUUUCUCAUGAUUAUAUUACUGUUAAUUCCUCCUCUGUUGCUUUUGAACUGUUUUCAAAAAUGCAAACAUCAUAUUCUGAUGAGAUUAUGCUUGAUGAAGAAGUGUUUGAUACAAAGAGGACUCCGUCAUGUAUUAUUGAUGGAGUGGAGUUGGACUUACAUAUGCGUGGUUUUGAGUUCUUGAGCUUAGUCUCUUAUAUUUUUGAAUCUCCAAGGCCUACGCAUCUAAAAGCGACUGGAAGGGUUAAGUUCGUGGGGAAAGUAAUGAGACUUUCGGCUGGUAGCUCUAGUCAAGAUUUUAGUAAUGAGAAGAGUAAGCAGCAGGUGCAGCCAGUUGAUGAAGAUUAUAAAAAUAGUCUGGCUGGUGAGGUUUCAAUUUCUGGUCUUAAGCUGAAUCAAUUGGUUCUGGCACCUAAGCUUGCUGGGCUAUUGAGCAUGACUCGCGAGUCGAUCAAGUUGGAUGCAACAGGUCGGCCAGAUGAAAGUCUUUCAGUAGAAAUUGUGGGGUCUUUGAAGCCUAGCUCAGAUAAUUCUAGAAAGUCGAAGUUGUUCUCUUUUAAUCUUCAACGGGGGCAAUUAAGAGCCAAUGUAUGUUACCAGCCAUCUCGAUCUGCACAUUUGGAGCUACGUCAUUUGCCGCUUGAUGACCUGGAGUUGGCUUCACUUAGGGGAGCAAUACAAAGGGCAGAAAUUGAACUUAAUCUUCAGAAAAGAAGAGGUCAUGGGGUUUUAUCAAUACUUGGCCCAAAAUUUAGUGGCGUGCUGGGAGAAGCUUUAGAUAUAGCUGCCAGAUGGAGUGGAGACGUGAUCACCAUCGAGAAAACUAUUCUAGAGCAAAGCAACAGUCGUUAUGAGCUUCAAGGUGAAUACGUGCUUCCUGGAAGCCGUGAUCGAAAUGUUUCUGGUAAGGAAGGUAGUGGAUUUUUGAAAAAGGCAAUGGCUUCCCAUCUGAGCAGUGUCAUAUCCUCCAUGGGAAGAUGGAGGAUGAGACUGGAAGUUCCUAUGGCUGAGGUUGCUGAGAUGCUUCCACUGGCUCGCCUUCUUUCGCGAAGUACAGAUCCUUCGGUUCACUCAAGAUCCAAGGAUCUUUUUAUUCAAAGUUUGCAAGCUGUUGGAUUAUACACUGAAAGUGUUCAAGAUCUGAUCGAGGUGAUACGAAGGCAAUUUAUUCUAUCAGAUGAAAUCGUCCUUGAAGAUUUAUCUCUUCCAGGCUUAUCUGAACUCAGAGGCUGCUGGCGUGGCUCUCUUGAUGCAAGUGGUGGAGGCAAUGGGGAUACGAUGGCAGAGUUUGACUUCCAUGGGGAGGACUGGGAGUGGGGAACCUACAAAACGCAGCGUGUUUUGGCUGUUGGUGCAUACAGCAAUAAUGAUGGUUUGCGGCUAGAAAAAAUUUUCAUCCAGAAGGAUAAUGCCACAAUUCAUGCAGAUGGAACUUUGUUUGGCCCUAUAACUAAUCUUCACUUUGCCGUUCUAAAUUUUCCUGUCAGUCUAGUUCCUACUGUGGUUCAGGUAAUUGAAUCUUCAGCAAAAGAUCUUGUUCACUCAUUGAGGCAACUUGUUGCUCCAAUUAGAGGUAUACUGCACAUGGAGGGGGAUCUCAGAGGCAAUCUUGCAAAACCAGAAUGUGAUGUGCAAGUAAGGCUCCUUGAUGGUGCCAUUGGUGGCAUUGAUCUUGGUCGUGCUGAAGUUGUUGCCUCCCUUACCUCAAGCAGCCGUUUUUUGUUCAAUGCAAAAUUCGAACCAAUUAUCCAAAAUGGGCAUGUACAUGUUCAAGGGAGCAUUCCUGUGAUGUUUGUCCAAAAUAGCAUGGGAGAGGUGGAAGAAGUGGAAACAGAUACAAGUAGGGCAACUUUGGUUCAUGCUUGGGGGAAGGAAAAGGUCAGGGAUAAGUUCAAUGAUAGAAAAAGUUCUAGAGAGAGAAAUGAAGAAGGUUGGAAUACUCAAUUGGCUGAAGGCCUUAAAGGAUUAAACUGGAAUCUUUUGGAUGUAGGUGAAGUUAGGAUUGAUGCAGAUAUUAAAGAUGGAGGCAUGCUGUUACUAACAGCUUUGUCUCCUCAUGUCAACUGGCUUCAUGGAAAUGCUGACAUCUUACUUCAGGUAAGGGGGACGAUCGAGGAACCAGUACUCGAUGGAUCUGCAUCUUUCCACAGGGCUUCAAUAUCUUCUCCCGUGCUCCCUAAACCACUCAUCAACUUUGGUGGUACGGUCCAUGUAAGAUCAAAUAGGCUUUGCAUCAAUUCCUUGGAAAGUCGUGUAAGCCGAAGAGGGAAGUUGAUUGUGAAGGGGAAUCUGCCCCUUAGAUCCAGUGAAGCAUCCCUUGGUGACAAGAUUGAUUUAAAAUGUGAAGUUUUGGAAGUACGAGCGAAGAAUAUUUUCAGUGGCCAAGUUGACUCUCUAAUGCAAAUUACUGGGUCAAUAUUGCAACCAAACAUCUCUGGAAAUAUUCAAUUGAGUCGCGGAGAAGCAUAUCUACCACAUGAUAAGGGUAGUGGAGCAGCUUCAUUUAAUAAAGUGGUAUCAGACCAGUUCAGUCUUCCUCCUGGCAGUUCGAACCAAGUAGUUGCUUCUAAAUAUGCUUCGUUUUUCAAUUCGGAAUCUACAACAUUGAAAACUAGAUUCCAUGCACCCCGAGAUAAAGCAGCUGACAUUGAAAAGGAGUCCAGAAAUUUAAACAUUAAACCUAGUGUCGACGUCUACCUUGGUAAUUUGAAGGUUGUUCUUGGACCAGAAUUAAGAAUUCUUUAUCCUUUGAUUCUCAACUUUGCUGUUAGUGGAGAGCUUGAGCUUAACGGGCGUGCUCAUGCUAAAAGUAUUAAACCAAAAGGAACUUUAACUUUCGAUAAUGGUGACGUAAAUCUUCUUGCAACCCAGGUAAGACUGAAACGGGAGCAUCUAAAUAUAGCAACUUUUGAACCUGAAAAUGGGUUAGAUCCUAUGCUAGAUUUAGCUUUAGUCGGUUCCGAGUGGCAGAUUAGAAUACAAAGUCGGGCAAGCAAAUGGCAAGACAAAUUGGUGGUGACGUCAACCCGUUCUGUGGAACAAGAUGCUCUCUCACCCACCGAGGCUGCUCGGGCAUUUGAGAACCAAUUGGCAGAAUCAAUAUUGGAGGGUGAUGGCCAAUUAGCCUUGAAGAAGCUUGCAACUGCUACGCUUGAAAAACUAAUGCCUAGAAUAGAAGGAAAAGGUGAAUUUGGUCAGGCUAGGUGGAGACUAGUGUAUGCUCCACAAAUCCCAACUUUGCUCUCCUUUCCAACCACUGAUCCUCUCAAAUCGCUCACCAGUAAUAUCUCAUUUGGUACUGUAGUUGAAGUCCAGCUUGGAAAACGCAUUCAGGCCUCCAUUGUCCGCCAAAUGAAGGAGUCAGAGAUGGCCAUGCAGUGGACUUUCACAUACAAGCUUACGAGUCGCUUGCGGAUGGUCCUUCAAUCAGCUCCAGCAGCUCCAGCUCAACGAACACUCGUGCUCGUCGAAUAUUCUGCUUCAUCACUGGAUUAAUUUGUUUCUCCAUACCAGAAUAAAUCUUCAUCAAAGCAUAAAAUUUUAUAAGAUGCUUUAUAGUCGAGCUUUCAAAGGCAGAGUAAUACAUGGAAUCUGGUCAAAAUAGCCCUCAUGUAGAUUCUACAGUCCUUUUUGCUAAUCGCUGUUAUGAAUGUUGAGGAUUUAAGUCCCUUUGUAGAUGAGGUAACUGGGAAGAUGGUAAAAGUUCUUAACCUACUCAUGAAAAUAUGUGCUCUGAAAUUUUGCUGGUGUCAAAUAGAUAAAAUAGAUGAUAACUUAUUUAUCCUUGUAUUGUAAAAACAUGCAUGAAAGAAUGGAUGGAAGCCAUUUUUGUGGUC